UAGUGCUGUUUGCGGAAGGAUAUACGCCAAAAAGUGGUGAAGCGUCGCAGGCGUAGGAAUCCGGGAUGUGAUUUUACUGAAACUCGGGAAUUAUCUGGAUUUUUGUGAUUUUUUCUUAAUCGUUUUUAAUCUUCGUCCAGCGCCAAACUGACACAUGUGACAACGCGCAUGUGUGUGUUUUCUUUAUUUGCGCUUGUAUAGAGACGGAAUCCUUGGUGUACAGAUUUUGUUGGAAAAAGAACGGCUAAAAACUACUGAAUUUCGGAAAACAUGGAGACAAGAAGGGAAGGACCCGACUAAACCAAAGUUUCCCAACUAAUUAUUCCAAGAACAGAGGGGAAUCCGUUCGCGAGAGGAAAAUAUGUGUUGCACAUCCGCCAAAUUUGCAUUGUAUUUUAUUGCCGCUUUGAAACGAAGCUGUUUCGAGCAGAAUUCCUGAACUGGGAACUACACCGCUGCCCCAAGAGCAAACAUCAAACGAUUUGUAAAGUUUUCUCCCGAUAUUACAGUGGAAAAUAUGGGAAUUCUAGAAGUUGAACUGGGUAGGGAAGGAAUUACAAUGAAAGGUUGACCCGUGUGGAUGCUUUAAUCCAUCCGUUGAGUGGAUUUCCCCAGAUUUUCACACGUUUGGAGUGGUCAGGAUACAUUCUUCUGGAGAAAAAGUCCAUUCAGCGUGUAAGGGGCCUAAAAAGGAUGUAUAUUUAGUUAACAGACUUACUUCACAGUACCAGUUCAGUUGAUGGUGUGGUCUACUACAAACUGACGUUUUGUGCAGCAGUGAAAAUUCCGCGUUUGAGAUUAGCUUGAGUUUGGGAAUGCCGAGUUGGAAGUAUUUCAGUAGAGGAAAUGAUAGAAAACCGUCGAGAUUUACAAAGUAACAUUUGGGACUGUAAAAUGAGCGAAGAGCUUUUGGACUGACGCGAAAUGCAGCCGGACAGUCUCCUUCAUUCGUAAGACAACACAUUAACAAAAGAUUGUUUCUCUGGCUUUACUUCCAGCCGCGCUUUGGGGUUGACAAAGGCGACUGUAUCCAGACAGAGGCGAGGGGGAAGCCUGUCGGUCUGUGUGCUGGCAUUUCGGCUGGGAAAAUGAUGAAGCGUCUCGGACAACAGAAAGAGUUUUUCUCCAUUGAUCAUCUAUGUGUUUGCGUUUAGCAUCGAUUUCCUUUGCUAACUCUUGUGUUGUGUAACGCCAGAGUCAAAUGACACAGACCACUGAGACCAACGCAGAUAAACCGUGGAAAUAUAAAACAUAAGCUUGUCUGUUUCUGUUCUGUUCAAGAGGAGACUUUACCAUUCACAUCAAGACGGAACUGUCAGAAUUGAAAAGUGCCACCCGGCUGCUGCUGCUGUUGUUGUUUAUUUUUUUCAAAUACAAAAGGUGUUUUACCAUGGUAAAAUGCUAAUUGGAUAAGAGCUGAAGAAAAUCACGAAAGGAAAGCCCAAUGAGCGGCACACAGUCCACGCUUGCUGAGAGGUUUCCCAAAAAAGCGAGCAGGACAGGAAGUAUUCUCAGCAAGGACCAUCCCCCAGACAAAAAGCCCAAAAGCGACAAGUCGUCAGUCCCCCCCUCGCAUGAGUUUGACCCCACAGGGCUUGUGCAGCGUUGUGUUAUCAUCCAGAAAGAUGAGAAUGGCUUUGGGCUGACAGUGAGCGGCGAUAACCCUGUGUUUGUACAGCUUGUAAAAGAGGAUGGAGCUGCCAUGCGAGCUGGUGUUCAGACAGGUGACCGGAUUAUAAAGGUCAAUGGGACAUUAGUUACACAUUCAAAUCAUGUAGAAGUUGUAAAGCUAAUAAAAUCGGGCUCCUAUGUGGCCCUAACAGUUCUGGGGAGACCGCCGGGCCUGCCUCAGAUCCCCCUCUCAGACGGCGAGGGGGAGGAGGGGCCUCUCUUCUCUCUCACCUCCCCUCACUCCCCGGGGCCCAUCGGACCAGACCGCUUGUCUUCCUCCCCCAGCCCCUCGGAGCGCAAACCGACCCCUCUGUCUGUAUGGGCCAUGACGGAGGAGCACAGCAGAAACCCUACACCUAAACUACUGAAGGAAAUCCAGGACGCCAAGAAGCACAUUCCACAGCACCAGGAGCAGCUCAGCAAGCCCUCUGGGACUGGACAGGAUGGCUCCUUAUCUCCAAGGCCAGGAGAAGGAGAGCAGGAGGAUGGAAGGGGAGAUUUGGAUCGGCCCCCUUCAUGGCAAGGCGAUGCUGGAAUGGAGCCACCGUGGACCAACAAUACCACAGCCCCUGUCACUCCCAGUCCUGUCCCAGAGAGUCCAUGCCAAAGAGAGACCCCCUGCCACAGCCCAAAGACCACACCCCGAGACAGCCUCAAUUCCUGUCCUUCACCGGAUGCCGAAGACACACCUGACCUUGAUUCUCAGUCGAGUGUGAGCCCCUCCACUCGUCCGGUAGCACACAUCAUUGGUGCUGAGGACGAAGACUUUGACACAGAGCAGGAACAGAUGAAUGGCCAGUGUAGCUGUUUUCAGAGCAUAGACCUCCUGAAAUCUCGGCCUGCUCACCUGGCAGCUUUCAUCCAUCAUGUGGUCUCUCAGUUUGACCCUGCGCCGCUGCUGUGCUACCUCUAUGCUGAACUUUACAAACAGACCAGCUCCAAAGAGACACGACGAAUCCUCAUGGAUACCUUCUUCAUAGAAAAAACUGCUAGCUUGAAAGUAACUGUGCCCGAAUCCAUCAUCGCUGACCUGGAACGGACUGCACACUCAAUUAAUGCAGAACGGAAGAGGCCGGAGCCCAUCUCAGAGGACGUCCACCGACAAUAUGUGCAGCAGCUGCAGGACACACUACUACCUGACAUCCAGAAAAACCUAGAAGACUUCAGGCACAAGCGCAGUAUGGGUCUGACCCUAGCUGAAGCAGAGCUAGUCCGUCUGGAUACAGAGAGAAUGAGAGACCGUGUGGCUCUGGAAAAAGAGCGAUCCUGUGCAGAGCACAUCAUCUCUAAGAUAGAGGAUGUACUAUUGACGUCACAGGCCACAGAGGAAGAUAAGUGUAGCACCAUGCAGUUUGUGAUACUCUCGUAUAUGAAGCAGCUCGGCGUAAAAGUGAAGGAGUCUCGAGGGCUGGAGCACAAGCCCAAGCUAAUGAAUCUUUUCCCUAAGAUAAAGAAAAGUAUAAAGCCUGAGAAAGAUGGAAGUGAAGAGAAAUCAAAGAAAACACGAUUUCCUAGUGUUUUUCCUCAGAGACGGCCGAGCAGGAUUGACACUUCAGCAAUCACCAGGGCCCUGGAGCCGAGGCAGCGUCCGACAAAGCCUCAGCUGCCGUUGGGCGCUGGAGAGCAGGCAGACGGCUCGUCUCCUCCCGUACGGAGCAGUCAUUCGAGUGAAGGCUCAGAUGGCACCACUGCCCUGGUCACGUCACCCCCUUACAGCGCUCCAGCAGCACAGGGCACAGACUGCAUCAGCCGAGAGUCUGAGACUGGUGGACUUCCCUCUUCUGCAAUACCCAGACUGGGAGACGGUGUCGUCCCGGGAGAUCCGCAGGACUCGUCGUCUUCAAACACUCACUUUGACUUCAGCCCCUGUACACUGGAGCAUCUACAGGAGGAGGAACCUGAGACAGACAAGACGCAGGACACCGGCACCCCCAGGCCUGACAGGAGCAGGAUGGAGCCGCUGGGCUCUGGAGAGGUGCAGAGUGAAGAUGAUCAGUGUGCUGAGGCAGAGCUGGAGCCUCCUAACUGGCAGACGCUGGUGAGCAGAGACGUCCUUUCCACACUUACAGCUCAGGAAAUCAAGAGACAGGAAGUCAUCAACGAGUUGUUCUACACAGAGAGAGCACAUGUUCGAAUGAUGAAGGUUCUGGAGAAUUUGUUUUACCAGCCGCUGAUCAGAGAGGCCAUCCUUCCUCCUGCAGACAUCAAAAACAUCUUCAGCAACCUUGAGGAGAUCGUUCAUCUGCACAUGUCUUUAACGGAACAAAUGACUGCGGUUCGGAAGAAAAAUGAGACGGCGCUCAUUGACUCAAUAGGAGAUGAUCUGCUUUCCUGGUUCAGUGGAGAAGAGGAGGCGAAGAUCAAGGGAGCUGCGGGCACGUACUGCAGUAAUCAGCCUUUCGCCCUGGAACUCAUCAAGAGCAAACAGAAGAAAGACCAGCGCUUCAACUCCUUCAUACAGGAGGCAGAGAGUAACCGACAUUGUCGCAGGCUGCAGUUAAAGGACAUUAUUCCUGUGGAGACACAAAGACUCACAAAGUAUCCCCUCCUGCUGGAGAACAUCGCCAAAUACACAGAGGAUGCUGAGGAGAGAAGUAAAGUGAAACAGGCUGGCGAAUGCUGUCGAAAGAUUCUCACUCACGUCAACCAGGAGGUGAAGGAAGCCGAGAACAAACAGAGGUUGGAGGACUACCAGAGACGACUGGACCUGUCCUCACUGAAGCAGAGCGAGAACCCCAUGAUCGCUGAGUUCAAGAACCUGGACUUGACUAAGAGGAAGAUGGUGCAUGAGGGACCGCUGUCCUGGAAGGUCAACAAAGAUAAAACUAUUGAGCUGUACACAUUGCUGCUGGAGGAUAUAUUGGUGCUACUUCAAAGGCAAGAUGAGAAGCUGAUCUUAAAAUGCCACAGUAAGAAUCUGGCGGGCACCGCUGAGACCAAACACAUCUUCAGCCCCAUCAUCAAACUCAGCACUGUGAUGGUGCGCUCUGUCGCCACCGACAACAGGUCGUUCUUUGUGCUCUCUAUGUCUGAUAAUGGAGCCCAGAUCUAUGAACUAAUGGCCCAAACCGUAUCUGAGCAAAAGACGUGGCAGUGUCUGAUCACACAAAGAGCCGAUUGCAUGAAAACCAAACUACACAACAUCAUUCCUUUACCUCAGACUGACGGGGAACGUGAAGCGGUCGAGCUGAUAAACUCUGGUGUUCAGAAACUAAACAAAGACUCUGAGCCCAUUUCUUUAGUGAGCAUUCAGUCUCCAGAAAAAGAUGGCACCGAGGUCAUGCCAACCCCGCCAUGUAGCACCAAUCCAUUUGAGACCAAAUCUGAUGAGGAGGAGGAAGAAGAAGAAGAAAACUCACUACAGGAUCAGGCUGAAGUUGAAGCGCUCACGUUGGCUGAUAUGACCGAUCGUCUGACAUUCCUGAAGCAGGGCUCGAGGCAGGGCAUCGCCAUAGACGAGGCCGAUGCCUUCGAGCUCCAGCCUCUCAGAGCUGAUGAAGCUCUCAGAACACUGGCAACACUAAGGCAGCUCCUGAUCAACCACAUGUCCAGUCAGGAGGACACAGACAAAGAGCAACAGGAAGAUGUGGCGAGGACGGGCUCUCAACAGGGGGUGGUGGACAGCACUGCGAUCGGGUCCGCUGUUGAGAACGGCUCAGAAAGGGCCGAGAACAGAGGGGAGAACGCACAGGAACUGCCCUCCGGAGACACAGGCUUCUUUGAGACAUCUGAGGAUUGUGUCUCUGCAGGCAGUUACAUGGUGCUGGAGGUGUAUGGAGGCUCAGGUGAGAGCAGCACAGAUGAUGACGUGCAUGGCAGCAGCGGGGAGCCGGUGGCUGGUGGAGACUCAGGCAUUGACUUGAAGAAGCUCCUCUCUUCCUCCUCUCAGAGCAGUGGAGGACCAAACCUCAACAGACAGAUCAUGACACACAUACGUCUACUACAGGCCAACCUGCAGCAUCUGAAGGAUACAGAAAUCAAGUAUAACCAGCUACGCCAAAGGCUAUCAGAGGAAACAGCUACUGACACAGAGGAAAACAAAGAUAAAAGUUAGUGAAGCAGAGCUGUCUUUCUGUUUAUUGAGACGGGAGGAGACACAGAGACACUGGGCUGCUCCUCCAUGGACGGAGACAGACCGAAUGGACAGAAGAUCUGGAGUUUCCGUUCACGCCACACUAAAGGGCGACCCCAAUCACUCGCUCCAAAUCUCUGUUCAUCUGCACACCAGCGUGGUCAUGGUACUUUCAGAAAGAUUGCCAUGUAAGGACGAUUCAUCACUCCACCAUUUGCAUUCAGAGGACAGAAGACUCAUCAUUCCUUCAGCAAACCUCCCAAGACAUUAGAGUCUAUAUUAGCCAAUGAAAGUACAGCAUGAGUGGUCAAGGUAGCUCCACAGAGCUUUGACCUCACUAGCAUGAUAAUGAUGAGCAGUUAGUUCAGACAGAUAUUCGCAUACACCGAAUGCCUGACUUCUGUUUUGAUACGGCGUGCGGUAUAUGUGAUUUUACAACGUAGAAACCAUGUUUGACAUGUACCGCUAGAGCACGUUAUUAGAUUUGCGGAGAAUAUUGAUUAUCACGUGAGCCUAAAAUGAGCCGUCUCAAAGAGGAACGGCCAACGUUUGCUGACUGAUGAUGAAGGCAAAUGAUACUAGUAGGGUAAUGAGUCUGAGGAUGGGCUGAUGAUUGUGGUGGUGUCUCCUCAUUCCUCCUCUCUUAAUAAACCACAUGCUAUUUAAUGAAGCUACUGAAAGCGUUUUCUCUGGCUUGUGGCCACGGGAAAACCGGACCUUUCGUAAUGUCGUCGGGUCGAGCUAAUACGACACGUGUCAGGCGGCUCGGCCCGAUCUGUCUUUCGGAUUUUCUUGGUUUUGAGAAUGAAGUUAAAUAGAAAGAAGCUUCAAUGCAGGAACUUGAUGAAGACCCUUAACGGUCCAUUUUAAAUGUAAUGUAUUGUACAAUUAUGACCAACACUGCAUCUCUUACAGAGACCCCUUUUUUUUUCUUUUGCGUUCUAAAGCGUUCAGUCAUGUAUUAUUUUAACAGAAACUACUAAAAAAAGAAGAAAAAUAAAAGACUGCAAGGUAUCCUUUAAUAUUAAUGUAAUCUGUAUUUUUAUUAUUCUGUCUAGACGUUUGAGGUAUUUUAUUAUAUUAUUGAACAUUAAUAUGGUCUUGGCUUUCCGUUGAGAACAUGAAAUAGCUCUAAUAGACGAGAUUCUAUUCAAUUUGACUGAACUGAUGUAUUGUUCAAAAUGGAAAGAAGAUAUUGCACAUUGUGUCUUCAUUUUAUCACAUUUACCUUUUGAGGAGAGUGGGAAGGAUAUUUUGUUUUGGAUUUACGACCAAAAAAAGAAAUUACACAACAUCUGUAGCAAAAAUGUAUUCAAUAAACUGGAAACACAAAUUA